AUGUAUAAGGAUAACGUGGAGAAGAAGAUCAAAGAGAGGGACCUUCAAUUCCCAAAUGAAUGGUUGAUCUCUUCAGAUAGACUUCCAAAGGAUCAUGAUAUUUCGCAAUUUAUUAAGUCUUCAAAUUUACUUAGUGAUGUUGAAGUAGAGAUCACAGAAUCAACAUCUUCACACAUUCUUUCUUCAAUAAAAUCCCAAAAAUGGUCAGCCUUACAAGUUAUUACAGCAUUUGCGCAUAGGGCAACAAUUGCUAAUCAACUUGUGAAUCCAUUGAGUGAAGAAUUGGACCAAUUACUACAGGAAACAGGAAAGUUGAAAGGGAAGUUACACGGUCUACCGAUUUCAUUCAAAGAUGAAUUCAAUAUUAAAGGACAAUAUUCAACUAUUGGUCUUGUAUCUUUCAUAUCAAACCCACCAGCUUCUCAAGACUCACCAAUUGUGAAAAUUUUAAGAAAUGAAGGUGCAAUUUUCUAUGUUAAGACUAAUGUUCCAAUAGGUGCUUUUAACAUUGUCACAUUCAACAAUAUUUUUGGGAAGACUCUCAAUCCUUUCAAUAGAUGUUUGGCAUCGGGUGGUUCGUCCGGUGGUGAAGCUGCUCUAGUUGCCAUGAAGGGGUCCCCAUUAGGUAUUGGUUCUGAUCUUGGAGGAUCUGUUAGACAACCUUCUAGUUUCCAAAAUUUGUUUGCACUGAAACCAUCAUCACUAAGAUUCCCACACAAGAAUACCUCAAUUGUUUCAGGAUUAGAAUCAUUGAAUGGAACCAAUGGGCCUUUAAGUACCGAUAUCGAUUCUUUGAAAUUGUAUGCUCAAGUCAUCGUCAAGAGUAAACCAUGGUUACAAGACUUCAAAGUGGUCCCACUAGAGUGGAAGGAACUUGAUCUUUCUUCUGAAAAACUAAGGUUUGGUGUUUUGAUCGAUGAUGGGGUUUUAAGGCCUACAGCUCCUGUUAAAAGAGCUUUGGAUACAGUUAUGGCACAAUUGAAGAAGGCUGGACAUGAAGUUGUUAUUUGGGAAGCUGAAGAUAUCAGUGAAAUAGCUCAAUUUGCUAAUAAAUUUAUGACAGCCAGUGGCAAUAAAAAGCUGGUGGAAGCUAUUGAGGAAUCUGGUGAACCUUAUCCAAUAUUACAGACUAUGAAAGACAUGCCAGAUAUUCCUACCUCUACAAUUUGGGAAUGGCAAGAACAGAGAUCUAAUAAAGUGAAUGAGUUCUUAGCCAAAUGGAAUAGAUUGAAUCUUGAUGGUUUGAUUUCUCCAGUUACGGCUUUAGCAGGUACUGAUUUUGAAAACUUUGUUGAUGUUACUUAUUCUCCAUUGCCUAAUGUUUUGGAUUUCCCAGCAGGGGUAUUCCCUGUUUUAAGAGCAGAUGCUAAUAUUGAUGAACCCUUAGAUAUCAAACCUAGAAAUGAAACUGAAAAGAAAGUCCAUUCAAAUUAUUCACCAGAAGCUAUCAAUGGUGGCUGCGUUGGACUGCAAGUUAUUGGCCGUAAAUAUGAGGAAGAAAAAGUUAUUGAGAUGGUGAGGUUGAUUUCCACUACAAUUGGAACAAUAGAUUACUGGAAAUAA